AGUUUGAAAAGCGAAAGCGUCGCGUUGCCCACAACGGGAACACAAACGAAAAUACAACAAAAAAAAAGAUUUGCUUUAAAUAUUACAAAUACUUGAUGGAAUACUACUUUUUGAAACAUUAUCAUUUCGAUGGCUAACUUUAAAUAUUUGUGCUAGAAUAUUAAAAAGAAGAAGAGGAAAACGGCACAAAACAAUAGAAGUAGUGCAGUGUAAAGUUCUCAGUCGAAGAAUAUGUUUGAUAAAAAUAUGGACAGCACAAAUCUGUCAGUGUCCAUCAAUGGUGACUUGGAUUCGACCAGUUCCGCCGGCACCGCAUCCGAUCAUUCAGCCGUGCAACAUGAUAACAUUAGCUCGCCGAUGGCCUACGGAUCGCUCUUUCUGCCAAAUGCUGGCUAUCGUAGCAACAUUUCGUGUAAAACAGUUUUGCAACUGGAUAAAUUUACGCCGUACGAGUCGCAGGAGAAGGAUCUCAUCGAGCGACGUUUCCAGGACAUAACCAAUGAUUAUGAUAAAUCACCGCCGCCCACAGCGGCAACGACGCCCACUCACUACCCCACCCUGAACAGCAUUAUCUUUGAGAAUGGCAACGGCAAUCUGGGCGAUCUCAAUGGCAAUACCAAAACGGAUGGCAUCUGUGCCGGCUUGCAACGCUGUCCGACCGGAUUGAGUGGCACCGGUGCGUCCAGUGGUGGUCAUCUAAUAUCAAAUCUAACCGCUGCCCAUAACAUGUCCGCUGUGGGCAGUUUUCCCAUCGAUGCCAAAAUGCUGCAGUUCUCCACGGAUCAGAUCCAAUGCAUGUGCGAGGCACUGCAGCAGAAGGGCGACGUCGAGAAGUUGACCAACUUUCUGUGCAACCUGCCGCCCAGCGAAUUCUUCAAGACAAAUGAGAGUGUGUUGCGGGCUCGCGCCAUGGUUGCCUACAAUCUGGGACAGUUCCAUGAGCUCUACAGUUUGCUGGAGACGCACUGUUUCUCCAUCAAAUACCAUGUGGAUUUGCAGAAUCUGUGGUUCAAGGCACACUACAAGGAGGCGGAAAAGGUGCGUGGUCGCCCUUUGGGCGCUGUGGACAAAUAUCGAUUACGCAAAAAGUAUCCGCUGCCCAAGACAAUUUGGGAUGGCGAGGAGACUGUAUAUUGCUUCAAGGAGAAAUCACGUAAUGCGCUCAAGGAUUGCUAUCUGACCAAUCGCUAUCCGACGCCCGACGAGAAGAAAACGCUGGCCAAGAAGACGGGCCUGACACUGACUCAAGUCUCCAAUUGGUUCAAGAAUCGACGCCAAAGGGAUCGUACUCCGCAGCAGCGACCUGAUAUAAUGCUGCCUGUGGGUCAAUUGGAUGCCAAUGGUUUCCCGCGCAUGUUCAACGCCCCCAGCUAUUAUCCCGAAUCCAUUUUCAAUGGACAGUAGAGGAGUGUGUGUGAAUAAUGCGCAGGCGCUGCUUUUGUACAUAUAUACAAUUUUAAUGUUAAAUCUUUGGUCAUCAAAUGGCAAUAUGUUUUUAGUUCUAGACUUAAUUAUAAUUUGCUUUAUGUAUUGUACAAUAAUAAUAAUGCAAUCGCAAUAAAUAAAUAUAGUAAAAACAAUA